UUAAUCCAUUUGGCAACAUGAGUCUUGCAUACAGCAUGUGGCCAGUGGUGUUGGCUAACUAUAAUCUACCACCUUGGUUAUGUAUGAAAGAUAAUUAUUUUUUGCUCUCUACCCUAAUUCCUGGUGCAAAAUCUCCAGGUAAAGACAUGGAUAUAUUUUUAAGACCUUUGGUGGAUGAAUUAAAGGAGUUGUGGAAUAAUGGGGUAGCAACGAGAGAUAGUUCGACCAACUCGAUGUUCACCAUGCGUGCUGCGCUUUUGUGGACAGUGAAUGAUUUUCCUGCUCGUAGUAGCUUGUCUGGGUGGAGUGGUCAAGGUUAUAAAGCUUGCCCUACUUGUAAUGAAGACACGACGUCCAUUCGAGUGAUCGGGAAGACAUCAUAUGUUGGUCAUCGAAGGUUCUUGCCAAGUAACCAUGCAAUGAGAAGGGAUACUCGAUUUGAUGGUAAAGCUGAAAGAAGACCUCCUCCAAGACGAUUUACUUGUGAAGAAAUAUUAUCACAAGUUAAUGCUCUCGAACCCCAAAUUCCCGGACAUCAUGAAAAUUUUGGGGGCGUGAAACGUAGAAGAGUUGCAGAAAAUUGUAAUUGGAGGAAAAAAAGUAUUUUCUACGAGUUGGAGUAUUGGAGCACGAAUAUUUUAAAACACAACAUUGAUGUCAUGCAUGUUGAGAAGAAUGUGUGUGAUAGUCUCCUAGGAACCAUCUUGGAUAAUGAUAAAUCAAAGGACACAACCAAUGCGCGCCAUGAUUUAAAGAAGAUGGGUAUUAGGGAAUCGUUGUGGAUUUAUGAAGAUGGGAAUGGGAGGCUAAUGAAACCGCAUGCUCCUUAUGUUUUGACUCGUGAGAAAAGACAACUUUUUUGUCAGUUUGUUAAAGGAAUAAAGUUUCCCGAUGGCUUCUGUUCAAAUUUAAAGAGCAAAGUUUCUCCAGAUGAGUCUAACAUUAUUGGGUUAAAAUCCCACGAUUGUCAUGUCAUUAUGCAGCGAGUACUAGCGGUUGGUGUCCGUAAAUUUCUACCUCGUGACACUGCAACAACUAUUACUCAGCUGUGUAAUUUUUUUCGACAGUUAUGCUCUAGAACUCUAAAUGUAAAAGAUAUGGAGGAUGCUCAAAAUAAUUUAAUUCUGUUAUUGUGCAAGAUGGAAUUGAUUUUUCCUCCAGCUUUUUUUGACAUAAUGAUACACUUGGUAUUGCAUUUGCCUGAAGAAGCGAUAUUGGGUGGCCCGGUCUUUAUGAGAUGGAUGUAUCCUUUUGAAAGGUACAUGAAAAAAUUGAAGAAUUAUGUGGGAAAUAAGGCACGUCCUGAAGGGUCAAUUGCAGAAGGUUAUGUUGCUGAUGAGGCAGUAACCUUUUGUUCAAUGUACUUUAAAGGGUGUGAAACAAGAUUUAAUCGGCUUGAUCGAAAUGAAGAUGCGCCUUCUGUUUGUCGCUAUCUCUCAGUUUUUAAUUCUCAAUCUCGUCCUUUAACUAGCGGACUUAUCAAGCCUCUUGAUCAUACCAGUCGUGAAAAAGCUGAGUGGUACAUUCUUCAAAAUUCUCCUGAAAUCCAAGCUUACUUAGAGUAAGUUUGUUACAUUUUUAUAAAUUAUUUUAUUAAAUUUUUAGUUUUUAUUUUCUAUCUCCCUCUAUCGUAUCUUGACAUUAUCAUACUUCACAGUGAACAUUUGGACAAGAUCAGGCAUGAAUAUCCUAAUGGUAAUCACGAUGCCUUGCAUAGGCAAACUUUCCGUCCGUGGUUUCACAAGAAGGUAUAACGACAAAAUUGUUAAGUUUUAAUUCAAUCAUUUAUAUUCCUCUCAUAUUAAUACAUUUUAUGUAUUUAGAUAUAUGAGCUGCACAAGCUUGGAACUUUACAAAAUGGUGAUGAGUUACUCGCUCUCGCUUCCGGGUCCGAUUACUUAGCAACAUUUUACGAAGGUUGUGUAGUGAAUGGUGUUCGGUUUAUUGCAUCAAAGCGAGACCAAAAGCGGAAGACACAAAAUAGUGGUGUUACUGUUGCUGGAACAGAAGGGUUUAAUUAUUACGGCACACUUGAAGAUGUAAUCACUAUAUCUUAUACUGGUGCAUAUACAGUGUCAUUGUUUGAAUGUAAAUGGUAUAACACUAAUCCAUUAAGAAAGAAGACAAUCACUGAAAAUAAUAUAACUAGUAUAAAUACUCGUGGACAUUGGUAUCAAGAUGAACCGUACAUCCUUGCUAACCAGGCGAAGCAAGUUUUCUAUCUUGAAGAUCCACUCAGAGGUCGCGAUUGGAAGGUUGUUGAAGAUAUUAGCCAUCGACAAAUUUGGGACAUUACUGACAACGAAGAUGAGACUGAUGUAGAUGUUGUUAGUGAUUCUAACUCUGCCAAUUUUGUGUUGACGGUUGAUCUUGGAGAGUUGAUUAUGCAAUCGAAUGAACCUCCAGUAAUUGUUGAAUCGUCCGAUCAGUUAGUUGAUUCUGAGAUAGAGAAUAAUGAACUGGAUGAGAAUUAUGUUGCUGAAGAAGUAGAUGAUUUACUAGUUGAACAUGUAGAGGAUGAAAAUGUAAACUUAGUGAAUGAUGGAAAUGAUAGUGAUUCUUCAGUGUAACUUUUAUUUUGUAAACAUUUGUUACUAAAAUUUUUUACAAUUAAAGGAAUAUUUAAUUUCUUUCGUAUUAACAUUUUAAAUACUUAUAUUUCAAUUAUGUGUUUCACAUUUGUGAAUUCUUACAUUUUUUUCCGUCUUCAAAGUAAAGUAAAAUGUCAGCUACGUUAGCGACAUACCACGGUGGGGAUGGUGAUGGCAGGGAUCCCCCUGAUCCUUCUAGGGUACCGUCGUCUUGCGAAGCAGGUUUUCAUAUUUUUUCAAAUCUACAAUUGUUCUGAAUAUAAAUAGUGAAUGUAUGAUUUACUAAUAAAAUUAUUUUUCCCUCGAAUAUAUAUAGUUCCACCUCCGGUCAGAAAGGGUCGUGGGGUUGCCGCAAACGCUAAUCUCGAAAAAAAAAAGGAGAGAUGCUGGUAAGCCCUUACCGGUGGAGGUAGAUCUUGAAACAGGCAAAGUUGUUGGCACUGAAGCAAGCAAUUAUGUUCGAUUUCUUGGCCAACAAGUAAGCAUGUUGUGCCCGGGUGGUCAUCUAAAUUUUUCUGAUGUACCCCAACAAUACAAGGAUCAAGUGCUCAAUCGAAUUAGAUACUACUUUGAUAUCGAUGGGAAUCCCCAUCGAGACCUACUUAUGGGGACUUUAUAUUCGGUGAUGGCGGAGCGGUAUAGUGAGCGAAAGACACUCAGACACAAGCAUUUCAAACAACAUUACAAAAAACCAGAAGAUUGGGACACAGUUCUCAAAUUCCCCCCUGACUACUUGAAUACCGAGACUUGGAAACCGGUUUGCGAAUUGUUCGUUAGCGAGGCAUUUUUGAAUCGUUCAACUAAAAAUAAAUCGAAUCGGCAACUAAUGAAAUAUCCAACAACGCAAGGCACAAAAUCGUUGGCGUCCAUUCGCCACGGAAUGGUAUGUAUUAAUUCUUUAAUUGUUAAAUGUUUCAUAAAAAAAAAUUCUUUAAUAGUUAAUAAUAUUUUUUUCUUAUAAUAAAUUAAUUUAAUUG